ACAUAAUAAUAUAGAGCGUCUCCUCAUACUCGUAUAGAGCUUCAGUAUGUUUGACUAGUGGGCUCUGUUCUGAAGAAAGAAAAGUUCUAAGGCCAAGAUUCUUAUACCGUGUAAUAUAUACACACAUAAUGAAUAGUUGCAGAGAAAGGGAAAACCAGAAAAAGCUAAGAAUGAAAAUGUGUUUUAAAAAGAUAAUUUCAAAGUUACUUUAAAAGUGCUUUUUGCAAGACUGUUAGCACUGAAAUACAUUGCUUCAUAAGGGAUGGAGUUUUUAUUGAAUUAAAGCUUCCUUUAUAUUCAACAUUGCAUAGCACUCCAGACCAUAGCCUAAUAAAUAUUGUGAGGGAACCUGUAUGAGUUUCUUAUACUGAGAUUAAGUAAUCAAAUAAGUCAAAUGUUCUGUGUCCUUGAUCAGUUCAAAAGCAUUAGUUGUAAUGUGUCUCGUAACAUGUGCAUCUACAAGAUUUUAGCAUUUGGUGUUAACUCUUUGAAGUGUUCAUGUUGUAGCUUGAGCUUUAGCAUUGUUCUGUGUUCUGCUGGUGAUCUUUCUGCUGAGAUCUAAAGUUGCUGGGAGUGUUAUUCUAACAGUCUAUAUUUAUCUGUAUUUUUCUGUUUGUGGGAGACUGUAUUGUGCAUUCCUCAAAUUUCAUGUUAACAGUGUCUCUAAAGCAAUGAAAAUGUUGGUAGCUCUCUUAAAUAGCAUUUAAAAUAAUAGAAAUUGAAACCCUCAAAGGAGAGUGAAGGGGAAAGUGGAAAAAAGACAGUUCUUCACUUAAAAUGAUACUAAAAGUUUUCCGUCUUCACCUUUAGGUUAGAGUUGCAUCUGUGUCUGAGAUGUUUUAAAUGGGCAUUUUGAAAAACAAAUGGUCAAUACUCUACCUCCUGCUUAGCCUUAGUGAAGAUCCACGUAAGCAGUCGAACAAGGUAUCAAGUUAUGCCACACUUUUUGCUCAAGCUUUGCCACGGGAUGCUCAUUCAACCCCUUAUUACUAUGCCAGGCCUCAAAGCCUUCCACUCAAUUACCAAGACCGCAGUGCUCAGUCUGCCCAGAGUUCUGGCAGCAUGGGGAGCAGCGGGAUCAGCAGUAUCAGCCUGUAUGCCCUGAAUGGGCCAACACCAACUCCACAGUCACUCCUUCCUGGACAGUCCUAUCAAGCUCCAAGUGUUGGAGAUUGCCUCCGCCAGCAAUUAGGGUCACGACUUGCAUGGACUCUAGCCACAAACCAGCCUUCUUUACAAAGCACUACCUCAAAAGGCUUUUCAAAUCCUGUCUCCCGUGGUGUGCCAAGGUCAAGGCGAGAAGGGGAUACAAGUGGCUCUGUUGAAAUAACUGAAGCAAACCUUGUAAGAGAUGUGUUGUAUGUCUUCCAAGGAAUAGAUGGCAAAAACAUAAAAAUGUGCAAUUCUGAAAAUUGCUAUAAAGUGGAAGGAAAGGUGAGCUUGUCCAAAUCUCUCAGAGAUACCACAAGCAGACUUGCAGAAUUGGGAUGGUUACAUAAUAAAAUAAGAAAAUACACAGACCAGCGGAGUUUGGAUCGUGCUUUUGGACUUGUGGGACAGAGUUUUUGUGCAGCCUUACAUCAGGAACUUAAAGAAUACUACCGACUUCUAUCUGUUUUACAUUCUCAGCAGUUGCAAUUGGAAGACGAUCAGGGCGUGAAUCUGGGACUUGAGAGCAGUUUGACACUUCGUCGUCUCCUAGUCUGGACAUAUGAUCCUAAAAUAAGGUUAAAGACCCUUGCAGCACUUGUUGAUCACUGUCAAGGAAGAAAAGGGGGUGAGCUAGCCUCAGCAGUUCAUGCCUAUACUAAAACAGGAGAUCCCUACAUGAGAUCUCUGGUUCAGCACAUUCUUGGCCUAGUAUCCCAUCCUGUACUGAAUUUCCUGUAUCGCUGGAUUUACGAUGGAGAGCUGGAGGAUACAUACCAUGAGUUUUUUGUAGCUUCAGAUCCUACAGUUAAAACUGAUCGACUGUGGCAUGACAAAUACACGUUGAGGAAAUCAAUGAUCCCUUCUUUUAUUACAAUGGAGCAAUCCAAAAAGGUCCUCCUAAUAGGAAAAUCCAUAAACUUCUUGCACCAAGUUUGUCAUGAUCAAACUCCAUCCACAAAGAUGAUUGCUGUGGCGAAGUCUGCGGAGUCUUCAAAAGAUGCUGCUGAUUUGUUCACAGAUCUGGAAAAUGCAUUUCAAGAAAAGAUUGAUGCAGCUUAUUUUGAGACCAGCAAGUACCUGCUGGAUGUUCUCAAUAAGAAGUACAAUUUACUGGAACAUAUGCAGGCCAUGAGGCGCUACUUACUGCUUGGUCAAGGAGAUUUUAUCAGACAUUUAAUGGACUUGCUCAAGCCGGAGCUUGCACGACCAGCUACAACCUUGUAUCAACAUAAUCUGACUGGAAUCCUUGAAACAGCAGUGAGGGCAACUAAUGCCCAAUUUGAUAAUCCAGAGAUUCUCAAACGACUCGAUGUUCGACUUCUGGAGGUAUCUCCAGGGGACACUGGAUGGGAUGUCUUCAGCCUAGACUAUCACGUUGAUGGGCCAAUAGCAACGGUAUUUACACGUGAAUGCAUGAGCCAUUAUCUAAGAGUAUUUAAUUUCCUUUGGAGAGCAAAGCGAAUGGAGUAUAUUCUUACUGAUAUAUGGAAAGGACACAUGUGCAAUGCAAAGCUUCUGAAAAGUAUACCAGAGCUUUCUGGGGUGCUGCAUCAGUGUCACGUUCUGGCAUCAGAAAUGGUCCAUUUCAUUCAUCAAAUGCAGUAUUACAUUACAUUUGAGGUGCUUGAAUGUUCGUGGGAUGAACUCUGGAACAAGGUCCAACAAGCACAGGACUUGGAUCACAUCAUUGCAGCUCAUGAGAUUUUUCUAGACACCAUCAUAGCUCGGUGCUUGCUGGAUAGUGAUUCCAGGGAGCUUCUCAACCAGCUUCGAGCUGUUUUUGAUCAGAUCAUUGAGCUCCAGAAUACCCAAGAUGCAAUGUACAGAGCUGCUUUGGAGGAGUUGCAGCUGAGAUUGCAAUUUGAAGAGAGGAAAAAACAGCGUGAGCUUGAGGGCAAGUGGGGUGUAACUGCUUCAGAAGAGGAAGAAGAGAGCAAAAGGAUGAAAGAAUUUCAAAACUCAAUACCCAAAAUGUGCUCACAGCUCCGACUACUCACUCAUUUUUACCAGGGAAUUGUCCAGCAGUUCUUGGUGCUGCUGACAACCAGUUCUGACGAAAGCCUUCGGUUCCUUAGCUUUAGAUUGGACUUCAAUGAACAUUAUAAAGCAAGAGAGCCAAGGCUUCGUGUGUCAUUGGGCACUAGAGGCAGACGAAGCUCACACGUGUGAAACAAGAGCUGAGACUGCACCUUGGUGUCUGAAAGAUGUUGCACCUCUCGUUGGACAAGGCCAUCAGUGCUGACAUACUACAGCCAAACUGCGCGUGAUCGGUGUCUGCCAUUUCUUCAGGCAACGUGUUUUCAGUCAUGUGCUUGUGUGACACUGUAUAGCAGAAAGCAAAAAAAGUAGGGUUUUUUACACUGAUGUUUCUAGAAUUACCAGACUGAGUGGGCUGAUUGAACCUCUUCCAACCAACUUCUUAAAUCAUCCUUUUAAACAAAUGCCAAUUUUAUUUGAAGCUUUCUGAGCUCUCUCCAAUGUAACUUAUAUCUGUGUCAAGGAAAUAGCAUCUUUUGUUUAUAGAAAGCAUCAUUUCCUUUUUUAACAAGAAAAUAAGAAGGUUAUUUUUUCUAUGUGUACUUGUUCUAUUUGAAGAGAGCUUUUGUUAAAGCCAACAAAUUAGGGCUCAGACCUAAUGUCCUUGUUAAGAAGCUAUACAGCAUUUCAUUAUGCUGAUUUUCAGUGUUGUGAUGUGUUUGAGUGUAAGAAAAUUUGUAUCAGGAGACAUGAACUUAUAUUUAAUUUUUUGUUGUUUUCAAAGUUAACAAACUGAAAAAAAUUUAGCAGGGAAAUUCUGUGGAUACUGUACAGGAGAAAACUAGAAGCAGAGCAGGAGUGUGUCUGUUGCACAUAAGAUCUAAAUCUGAAGUUACAGCCUCAGUAACUGUGAAAGGAAGGUGUUGGUUAAAAUUGAAUGGAAUUAAAUGCUUGAUGUUCAAAAUCA